AAAGAAGGCGACAAAGUGAGUUAUUGGGGGAAAAGGAUCAAAAGAAAAACAAACAAUGGGAGGGAAAUACUGAGUGCUGACAGCGAAGAGUGAAGAGCAAAGAAGGAACAAUGAAACGAUUUUUCAAAGUAGUAGGCAAAGAUUCAGAUGGGUGUGUGAAGAAGCCGAGGGAGAAUGAAACUGAGGCUGAGACAGAAGCGACUACAAAGAAUCAAAAAGAGCCUUUGAAGUUUAUGAGUUGGAAUGCCAACAGUUUUCUCCUUCGGGUCAAAAACAAUUGGCGCGAAUUCACCAAUCUCGUCACCACUUUCGAUCCUGAUGUCAUUGCCAUACAGGAAGUGCGAAUGCCUGCUGCUGGCUCCAAGGGUGCGCCUAAAAAUCAGGGAGAAAUAAAAGAUGAUACAAGCUCUGCCAGGGAAGAAAAGCAGAUAGUAAUGCGUGCACUUUCAACUCCACCUCUUGGGAACUAUCAUGUUUGGUGGUCUCUUGCAGAUUCAAAGUAUGCAGGAACAGCACUACUGGUGAAAAAAUGCUGCAAGCCAACACGUGUUGUUUUCAAUCUUGAUAAAAUAGUUUCAAAGCAUGAGCCAGAUGGUCGAGUAAUCCUAGCUGAAUUUGAAACAUUACGCUUAUUGAAUACAUAUGUACCCAACAAUGGAUGGAAAGAGGAGGCAAACUCAUUUCAAAGGAGAAGAAAAUGGGACAAAAGGAUUCUGGAAUUUGUUACACAAAAUUCAGACAAGCCUUUAAUAUGGUGUGGGGAUCUGAAUGUCAGCCAUGAAGAGAUCGAUGUGAGUCAUCCAGAGUUUUUCAGUGCUGCAAAACUCAAUGGUUACAUUCCUCCAAAUAAAGAGGAUUGUGGGCAGCCUGGGUUUACCUUGGCAGAAAGAAAACGGUUCGGUACCAUCUUAAGAGAGGGAAAGCUGAUAGAUGCCUAUAGAUUUCUGCACAAGGAUAAGGACAUGGAACGAGGUUUCUCAUGGUCCGGAAACCCAAUUGGGAAGUAUCGUGGAAAGCGGAUGAGAAUAGACUAUUUUAUAGUUUCAGAAAAACUUAAAGAAAUGAUUGUUGCAUGUGAAAUGCAUGGACAGGGGAUAGAGUUACAAGGGUUCUAUGGAAGUGAUCAUUGUCCAGUUACCUUGGAGCUAUCUCCUGGUUCUAAUUCUGAAGACAAGGAUCCAUUAUAAGAAGUUCUUCCUUGUGUAUGUCACAAAGCCACUGUCAUCAUUAUUUUUCUUUUUCUUAUUUAUUUCUCUAUUGUCUGAA